GUUUAGCCAACGUUUAGCCUGUCUCCGUAUGUCUGAUUGUGCGUCGUUGUCGUAGUUCGUGCGCUCGUGGACCCGUAUAAUGCUACGCUUUCCGUGGUGAUGGUGCCCAGCGAUGGCCCUGUCUGUGUGGUGAUACUUAGCGAACGCGUUCCAGUCAUCUCUGCGGCUCCGGCAAGGCUUACUUUGCCCCGUGCGCUCUCGUCCUACUGCGACGGCGGUGGUGGCGGCUCGCCGAUGCUCGCUAAGCCUAACUGUGGCCUGCAGUGGUGCUCCUGAUCGACCCCGGCUCACCAGACUGCCCGUUCAAUGAUACAGCUUAUCUGAAGACUCAUCCUCACGACUCGCGCGCGAUCACUGUGCCGCAACGCUAAGAACCACGUUUGAUGCUGGUGCCAUAGCGCAAGUUUCAGAGCGCCUGUGUGACACUCCCAGCAGCUGUGUUGUGGUGACUAGGACGUGAUCGAUUUCGUCUGCCCAAACGCUGUCUAGCGGAAACGCCGGCGCAUCGACGAGCGCGCGUGCGUGUCGUGUGUUGGCUGAAGUUUCCUCGCAGUGAUUUUUUUUUUUCUCGGUCGCCUAUCUGCCUUGACUGCGCCCCCGUGGCGUGACGUACACGACAGGAGACAUGGCCGGGAGCUUUGAUCCGUACGAUAAGAACAGCUGGUUCUUUGGGCCCAUGUCCCGGCAAGAAGCGUCAGACCUCCUGAUGGCCGAGAAUGAAGUGGGUGUCUUCUUGGUCCGCAAUAGUACAACCAUAGCGGGUGACCUGGUGCUGUGUGUCCGGGAAGAGAACAAGGUGAGCCACUACAUAGUGAACCGGGUGACACAGUUGGAGCAGACACGGUUCCGCAUUGGUGACCAGAUGUUCCCCGACAUACCGUCGCUGCUCAAUUUUUACAAGCUGCACUACCUGGACACGACACCACUCGUAAGGCCGGCUGCAAAAAAGGUUGAAAGAGUGAAAGCCAAAUACGACUUUGAAGGGAGUGGGGACGCCGAUGACCUGCCCUUCAGAAAGGGUGAGGUGUUGACUGUUAUCUCGAAGGACGAAGACCAAUGGUGGACUGCAAGAAACAGUCUCGGCCACACGGGGUCCAUUCCUGUGCCAUAUGUCGAAAAGGUUGACGACUGCCAGCUGCCCAAUGACGGGCACGGGUGGAACGGACCUGCGUCACCCCCGCAAUUGGGAUCACCACCCGUGGCACCACCUGCUGCCCGGACCACGCCUGGCACUGGCGACCCCAUCAAGUACAACACCCCAUCUAAUGUGCAGAGGAAGCUGCCUGCCAGGGCCAGGGUGAAACAAGCUCGGGUCCCUAACGCCUACGACAAGACAGCCCUGAAGUUGGAGGUUGGCGACAUCAUCACCGUGACCAAGACCAACAUCAAUGGCCAGUGGGAAGGAGAGCUCAAAGGUCGUGUAGGACACUUUCCGUUCACGCACGUCGAGUUCAUCGACUCUGAGAACCCGGACGAUGAUGAAUCAUAGGCACAGUCUUGCUGGUGGCGCCCCGGGGAAGAGAGCUUUUUUUUCCUCGCCGCAACCCUUGCCCCCUUGCCAACCUUCCUCUGCACGCCCGCUGCACCACUUUCUCCGCGUCGCUGCACCAUCAUUGACAACGGCAGUUUUUUGCUUUGGAGUGCAGCGCGACCCUGCGUGGCACCACCUGCCGUGGAUCCGAGAAUUGUGGUGCGUGCCAGCCGUGCUCCGGCUGUCGGGAGGCUGCUGAGUACUGUGUCAAUGAGCUGCCUCAGGAGCCUGGCCUUGUUGAUGAGUUCUUUGUCGCCAUGUAAAGAAGGAAAGAGAGCCAUGACUGUGUAUGCAGUGUGUGCCUAGGGCAUGUGUGGAUUGAAUUGCUUUUUUUUACUUCUGUGUGAUGUGUUGAAUAGAGCAGGUCAGAACGUUGUCUGGGAGCCCAAAGUACGUAUGAAAUGGUUGUGUCGAAACCUCAAUCUGGCAGGGACGUUGGCGAAAUGUGGUGAGUUUGUUUCCGCCCUGACUGGUGGUAAGGAAAUUAACUGCGAGUUGUGGAAAACUGCAAGGACUUAUGGGAAGUUCUCACUGAGAACAGGCAUUUUCUUUGCCUGCGUGUCGGCGUGCUACUUGGUGACAUUUGCUUUUCUCACAACACUGGAAGCGCCAAGAGCAUCGGCUCAUUCACAUUGCGUGCAGGAAAGCUUUUCAUCGCGACUGCAGCUGCUCCUCUGUGAUAUAGACUGAAGGUGAGAGAGCUGUAGUUAAGAUGUAGCACGGCUUUACAAGCUGUAACGCUGAUGGAAAAUUGUAGCUUAUAUGGACAGGGUUCAUUAGUGCUCCUAUAAAGUUUUUUUUUCAACCUUCUCGAAUAUCAGUGGAUCAUUUUUGAGGGCUUGGAAAUCCCUUGAACUUAGUGAAGUUCUUCAACAGAAAUCCAUGAAUUUCACACUUAAGUUGAGCAGAUAUUGUUUGUACAUCUUUGCUUUCAUGCCAUUCAAAGGUCAAGCCAGUACAGUCUUGUUAUCAGCUUUGUGAUGGUUGGCAGUGGUUUACUUCUGAACUAUUUUUAAUUUCUUAAAUGUAAGAGCUUUAUUCUCGUUGCUACCCUAAAACUUGUGCUCUCCUAAAGAUGCAAAUGCACAGUCCACGCUGUUUAUUGACCACAGCCCACACUUGUUUUUAUGCUAGCCUCAAAUCAUGAUGCCCAAUGCCUCUCUAGGAACUGAGGCAUACUGUCAGCAGCCAUUCUUGGUCAGUAGCUGUCGUGAUUUGCUGCCCAAUGCCAGGAUGUGGGUUCAGCCUUUACCUCGACGGCCAUGCAUUGUAAGUCAGCCAUUGCCGGUCAGUAAGUUGCAGCUCACAUCAACGACUCCGCCGCGCACAAACAAACGAGGAGAUGUGCUGCCUCAGGUUUUUCUGUGAAGCCAUGGCUUUUCUAGACAAGUGUCACUUGAAUGGGUAGGGCGAGAAAUUGCAGUAAAAAGGACUCCUGUGUCUGUUGCCACAUCGUGAAUAGUGAUGUGUGAAACUUUUUGGCAUUGAAAAUUGCCCCCAUCACAUUUUCCCUACAGUUAGGCGCGCCAAUUUCUCAGCAACUCGUCUCCCAGGUCAUUCUUCGCAAUUUGUAUCGUGCUGUCAAGGACGCCACCACCCUGAUAAUUAAAUGCAAAUUAGCUGUAGUGUUAGUAAAAGUUUACUUGGCAAAAGUUCAUAAUACAAGUACAGCUGUUAGGAGCACGGACCAAAGGCACAGAAUAGACUAGAUGGUGUUUAUGUCUCCUAAACAUUGGCAACAUGGUGAUAGCACCAUUUAUAUAAUCACUACAUUACACAAAGUACAUCAUGCAAGAAAAGGGAACAUGGCAAACAAUUUAAGAUAUGUAUUUAGAAAGAAAUAGCAACCUGUAGUGCAUACCUGGCCACUUUAACAAUUCUCUUAAAAUGCCUGAUUUUUAGGAUUUGUUUGAUUUUCGUGUUCACAUAAAUAGUUCACGAUUUUUCAUUUGUGCUUUAGUGCAAAAUCAGUUUCAAAAAAGACAAAAACAGCCGCUGAAUUAAUUUGUAUGGCCCAUUUUUACGGCCUGUCAAUUAUACGGACAAACUUGCACGACAGCAAAAUUAACUGAACCAAUGUAUAACGACAAUUGAAUCGUCGACAGCCGUUACCUGAAUUUUAUUAAUAAACAUCAUGAUAACCAAUUCUGCUUGACUGCGGCGCAUACCGUUGUUGAUGCAUAUAUAUAACCCAGUCCCUGUUCACAGCACCCCUACAGAACCAAAUCAGCAAACCUUUCAUAAGCAGUCAGCAUAUUGAAUAUCCAAAGAAUAUUUUGUAUCUUUCACCAUAUUUUAGUAUUGGCUUCCAUGUUUUCAAAUUCUCAGGUUGCCAGGUCAGAUAAUGCGUUUGUGAGUCAGAAAUGUGCAAUGUUUCUUGGUGAUGUGUUGUAUCUCUUUUCCGUGUUUAGUGAGUCAAGCCACUGUCUCAAGAAACGUAGAUUUUUACUGUGCUAGCAAUUAUGUGGACACUUGUGCCACCGUUGUGCUGUCAUAGUAUUCACGGCAUACGUGUUGCCCCAUGUGUCAGAAAGCUUUCAGAGAUGCGUGCUUCGUUUGAUCACAAAAAUGACAAGGCAAUCUCCCCUCCAUGCAUGCUCCCCUCCAUUGUAUUGGUAGUAGCGGGAACAGGACCGCAUUGUGGGUCGUGAUAACGUGAAACUGUUCAGCUCUGAAUUUCUUACAAAUCCACCAUUAGCCCUCCAUGAUUGGUUGAAAUUUUUCCAGUUAUGCCCAUUUUGCCUGUCUUUCAAGCAACAGCAGGCAAAAUGGGCAUGGUUCGAGAAAGUUUAACCAGUCACAAAUAAACGCGGAGUGGAAUAGUUUUACGCUAUCGCGACAUUGGCUUCUGCUGGCUUCAUACCAUACCAUAAUGCGUGCACUGGUCUCAGUUGAAAGGACAGUGAAUGCCAAGGUCAAUUUGCCUAAUCAUUUUACUGAGCACUGACAAACGCAGAUGGUUUUACAUUGGCCUCAUCUCGUACGCCGUUGAGUUGCGGCGUCUCUAACAUGGCUGCCGGCAUUCCUCAUCGCAUUAGUGUGGCGAGACGCUUGGUAUUUGCCAGACUGCUAUUUCUGCUGCGAAGUAGCAGUUGCCUCAUACAUUCUGCCAACAGGUUGCCUCCGUGUAUCGCUAGGACAGCAUUUGAGUGACAGACCUUGUUGUCGCUGUCAAUGUGUUGCACUUUUAUCCUUUUUUUUACCUUCUUUGGCAAUACUAUUAAAUUCGAAACAUCAUGCACCUAAUGGUCAUCAUCAGAUGCUGUGGUAGAAAUUGUAAACCGACUAGCCCAGCAUUGCAAAAUCCCAGGUCAUUCCUGUCAAUGGCCUUCUACCUUUCCACAGGUUGUUUUCCUUGUGGAAUAUUCGCACUGCAGUGGCGCUGUUUAACGUCACUAGUAAACCCUUGCAUACACUUAGCUGCUUCCUUGCAAAAUAAAGAGUCACUGUGCUCAUUGCUGUCCCCCCUCUUGUCGCCCACAAUCUUAUUUUCAACUCUAUAGCCACCUGUGACAAAGUAAUCCUUGUGCUUUUGUUUUUCCAUCUGUAAUGGAGUCACCAGCCAUAGGCAUUGCCAGAACCUUUGUGCAUUUUGUGCACAUUUAGGUGUCUGUUAUUUCCGAACUAUCUGAUCACAUUUCUUGCUUCCACAUGGUUACGAAACGUUACCACAACAUCUGCUCUGAAUAAAAGAAAGUUGUCAAAUAUGGCCAGAGCUGCAGAUUAUAUACCUGCGCAGUUGCUCACCUGUUUUGGCUCGUCGGUCUUUCAAAUUUGAUGAGUCACUUUGGAGGUCGGACGUUGUUUCUGUGCUGACUGGGCGUUUGUGUGUGAGAAGAUGCUGGCAGUGAAUUGCACUUGUGUUCUCAUCUCAGUUAGUUUUCAGCUUUCGAGGUAAUAAGAACAGUUGCAACUAGGUGCAGCUGCCUAAUUUUUUGACCUGGUUAUCUCUUGCUUUUAGUCGAAUGAAGGUUCCUAUUAUUAGCCUGUCUUGCUGUUAUGGGGUCAACAUUGGUGACAAGGUCGACACUUUCGAGCGGCAGUAUUUAGGAAACACCCUUCUAGUGGUUCAGGCUUGCUUGUUCUUAUUAACAGGUUCUCUGACCACUUGCUGCAGUGGCUAUGACGCUCUGCUACGAUACUGUGGGUUUGAUUCUCCGCACAGUAGCCGCACUGUACUGGGGGUGGCAUGCCAAAAAUUAGCAGUUCCACCCGAAGGGUGAAGCACUGAUUGCAAUAGGAAAUUAGUAGAUGGCUGUACGAAGUAAGGAUGGUAGUUUCAUCGGCCAUACAAACUUGUUAACAUUCGCUUACUAACUAAAUUAACAAUGAUAGAGUGUGUAACCGUGACUCAACAAGGACGUAGAUAGAAACAGGCACACAGAGACAGCACUGUCUUUGUGUCUCCUUCUUCCUCCAUCCUUGUUCAGUUGCACUUACGCAUUCUAUCAUGGAUUCAAACCAACUAGCCCGCCAACGUGUUUUAACUAAGUUAACCAGCAUGGUGUCACAUGCGCACAGGUAAACACGAGCACAUCUCGCUGUCAAAAUUCUGGAGUGAGGAAUCGUGGCAGCAGCAAAUGAAUUGACCUUCAUGCAUCUCUCACUUCAACGUGAACAAAAUGACGAAAGCACAGUGCAUACAAAGCUAUCAGCACUACUCACACUCUGCAAACAUCGCAGAUCGCUUUGAAGAUGAAGCUUGCGCAAGCGCACACUUUGGUCAGUUCGCAGAUCGCUUUCAAGACACACGAAUAUCGGCAACGCAUGCCUAUGGCAUCCAUCAAAGGCGUCUAUUAUGGCAUCCGCGAUUCACAUGGCCACUGCUGUAGUAGAUGCCACGGUUGUCUCCACUCUGUACGGUGGGGCAGGAGGACAUUGAGGCACCCUAGCAGCCGCCGGAGAAGAAUGCCCCUCCUAUCUUGCCUGACCUCCCUUCCUCGCGCACCACAGGAGAAGGCACGCAUCCGGGCCGCAUUCCUCGCUUGUGCAUGCUUGUAUUGCUCACGAUAGUACUACUACUCAGUUUCAUACAAUGCAGUCACUGCUACAAUGCUUCUCCAACUGCUCGCACGUACGACCAAAAAAAGUUUGCACAUUUAAUCAAGAUAUAAGUAUGCAUCAUGUAAUUAGCUUAAACACUGUCUCAUACAUUUAUGUUGCAAAAUAUGAUAUUAUUAUGUGGAAGCCGUCGCACACCUGAACCACCAAAUGUUUACCACCAAAUGACGGAGCGACCUGUUUCUGCAACAAAUGGUCGCACUAGUGCCUGCUAACGAAACAUAGUUUCCAUAAUCUGUAAGCACAAAUGAGUGCAAAUACCACGUGAUUUUAUGUAACGUUAUGUCUGCAGUUGUAGUUGUAUAUGAAGUAAUUCCAUAGAAAGCAUCUAUGAAAUGAAGCAUAAACAUAAGUGUGUAUGAAAGAACACUAGACAGUCGAAAUUAAUUUGGAGUCUCCCCCACCACUGUGCCUCUAAAAGCCCAUGUGUUGAUUUGAAAUGUUCAACAUAAUAAUUUUAGUUUUUAAAUUGUUUUCUCUGACCAUGAUGUCUGUGUCAAAAUAUAUCUUGUUCAAGUGAGUCAAGUGAGUUCAAGUGAAUGAAGCAUUAAUAAGUCAACCUGAAUGUUGGAAUUGAUCACCCAGCCCAAGUUAUAAGGACUUGUAGACGGCACCUUCUGCUUUCUUGUUUGCCUUUCUGAUAGUUUUAGCUCUUUUCAUUGCUGAAAGUGGCAUAGCGGGGCCUCUGUGAUGUCUGCGAGGUCCUGUUUUGUUAAAGAGACAGUGUGAAGUUUUUGCACCCACAAGAGCCAAUUCCUGUUCUGCAACAGUUCUAUCAAUAGACAGUUUAGAAGUGAAAGUCAUGCAGUUGCACUGUACAUGCUGCAUAAACUGACCGUGCUCUGCAAGACAAAAAAGUGAAUUUUUUUAGUUGGAUUUUAGAAAAGGGCAAGAACAUUACUUCCGUCUUUCACAAUUUUUGGUACUAUAGUUUUCUUAUCUUCACUUGCAUCCCAUUAAAAAUUCCUAGAUGUUUGUAGACACAAAUGGCUAUGGAAGGUGUUGCAAACCUUUUGUUGCAUCGCAGGAAUAGCCUUCCAUCUUUUUUUUUUUUGCAUGUGUGGUGGUGGUGUUGCUUAUUUUGCAAUGCCUACACUGGUUCAUUCAAUAGCAUGUUGCAUGGCUACCUUUUAAUAACAACUUUUGAUAGCUACAAGAAUCACAUGUGUGAUUGCAGCUUGUGCAAUUUCCCUUUUGGACAUACAUGACAGCAAAACACCUUUGCUUCGCUCAUUUGACAACACUAUUUGUUAGAGCUUGUGAAUUUUUGAAUAUUCCUUGGUGGCAUUUUUCUUUGUUUCUUUUUUAUUAAUUUUUGUUUUUCCUAAUGCCUGGAUUAAUGUCAUUUGUCGUGAGCUACAUGUUCUCUUCGGGCAUCUAGCUGGGGUUGCAUUUUAAAACCCGUGGACUGUCACUUCUGUAGUGUAGUGUAACAUCUCUAGAAAAUAUUAGGGAGGUUGACUGGAAUCUGAUGGAAAAACAAGUAAACUUUUUUCUAAAAUGGUGGCCAACGUCAUAGUUUAGGAGAACAACUUGUAAUUUUGUGCUUUUUAUCAGUGAUUCUUGUUUUUUUUAAGCGUGAGAAAAAGGUGGACAAAUGUACAGGCGUGAUGUGCAGCCAAGAUUUACAGGUUUGAGUUUACUAUGCAGACUAACAUGGAUGCACCUACUGUACUUGUAGUUAAGUGAGGCAGUAGAUAAGUUGCACGCUGGGCCUGUUCAUUCCUUCAUCAAGCCUUCUAGUAUUGUGCUGAUUGCUGUGAGGGAGCCAAGUGAUGUAAAUAUUUGUAACUUAACAGCAUGUGCUGUCUAGAAAAGGGCCAAAAUAGCGUAACAUGCUAGCACAUCAAGAUCUGGGCUCUGCUCAUGGGGCACAUGAUUAGGAUGUAGGUCAUGCCAUUGUUUUGAGUGUAGGCACUUGUCCAUAUAAAAAAAGAAAAAAAUUGGUCUGCAACGAUUCACUGUAUCUGAGGCUGAUGAUUUUAUUUUCGUUUUUGUUUUCUGUUGCUUCAAUUCACCAAAUUUGAAUUACUGAGGCAUUGAUUCUGUAAAUGUGCUUUUGUGUACAGCCUUUGUCGGAAGUUCUGAGGCCGAUUUGUGAGUGCCAGGAAACGUCACCAGUUGACCUGAUGCUAGGACCCUGUAGCAUUUGUGGCAGUUUGAAGCCUGAGAAAUUGAAGAGCAUUUUUUUCUUAGUCUCUAGCUUUAGAGCCACAAAAGUUAUUCCACGGCCCUAACGCAUCCCUCGAACAGGUCAGGUCCCACAUGUGUAACUUUUAAACUUUUGAUAGAGACAGCACACUGCUUUGCACAUGUUCGAGCAGCAUGUUUUGCAGGUCUUGUAAACAACACAUAUUCUUUGCAAGGGAUGUCGUGCUUUGUCUGCCUGCUGUGUUUUUUGCUUUCGAGCUAGAUAGCAUGUUGUGCAAAUUGGUUAGGAUUCAUCAUACUGGUAACACAGCGCAAAAGCAAACAAGGACAAAAGAAAGAAAACACAGCAUGGCGCUUUCUUCUCUGUGUGCAUGUUUUCCUCAUUUCUGUAACGUAUAUUCCAAGUAAUUGACAUGUGGUUUCACAUUUUACACAUCUGUGUGCUCUAUCAUUAUAUCUAAAUACUUUUUCUUGAACAUGUUACGAUAUCAUUUUCUCCAAUGAGUUAUUGUUGAUCUCCUCACGCUCUGCUUUAGCUGCUCUAGUGAAUUCUCCAAUAGUACUGCUUGCGUUAAGCACAGGCUAUGCGAAGUCCAAUAUUGGUUGAUUGAGCACUUUAUUUUCUUGAAAUUGCAAAAGGGAGCACUGCUCAGCCUCGGUGCUUCUGCCACAAAAAGCACUUUUCCAUCAUCUCUCUUGGUUUAUUCUCAAGUUAUCAGCACCGCACGCUUGGCACUUCAUUAUCAAAUGCAGCCAGUCCUGAAGGCCUGCCUAGCUGUUGCCCCACGUCUGGUGAUGCGAAUCGGCCAGGUUUUCUUCACCUCUCUUACACCGUGAAACGGUCAACCACAAGCCCCGUGGGAGGUGCCAGUGCAUAUCAAAGUCUUGGGAGUAGGUUGUCGCACAUAGUGGGUUUGUGAAGUCGCAUCAUUAUUUUAAUGUGCGUCCGUCAUCGUGGAGUAAGUUUCAGCCUGUUCUCGGUGCUUACAUUGUGGGUUGCAAAGAUGGUUGUGAAGUGGUGUGCUUGUGUAAAUUUACACUUGACUCGUACUUGUUCAGAAGCAUUGAUGACUUGUCUUCUAUGGCCAUGAAAGUCUGGUAUGUCGAAAGGUUUAGUAAACAAUAGCAAAUUUCAGGCUGUCUGAUUGCUAGUUUGGUGCAGUUGUAUAGGCACUCACUUGGUGCAGGAACACAUGCACUGGGUGUUCGUUGUGUUCAGAUUUGUGCAAAAUGUCAUGGAAUGACUCUGUAAUGGAACAUUUGAUAUUUUCUUAUCAUGCCUGCCUGCCAUCCUCUUGGUCUGUGGAUGUGUUAAAUGCACAAUGUACUUUGCAGUGUGUCCUGUCAACAGUUGUGCUGAUUGCUGCUUUAGGUUUCAUUGAUGAGGAUUCAUUCUGCUUGGUAUAUAGACAUUACUUGUUAAUAAUUACAACAGAACGAAGCUUUCCUGGGAACCCUGAUUUGAGACAGAAAUGGUGAAAGACCUUGGAGACGUUAUCAAAAGUUUGUAUAUAUAUUGGAAAAGACAAGUCGCAAUUGUCUGAAAGUGAUCUGCUGAACCGAGAUGAAAUAAUAGCAUCUCAAGACCAAUAUCAAAGCCACCUGCGUCCCUUUUUUUUUUUUUUGCUUGGGCAUGUUUUGAAAUUUUUACAUUCUUCUGCUCCUGCCACUAUUUGAGAAGUUUGAGGGCUAUUUUGCAAGCAGCUGUUCAGCCCAUGGCUGUGCAUGGCUUCAGGGAACGAUCCAUCAGUUGUUACACACAAUGUGAUUGUAUGGACGUUUUCGUAUUUGCGUUUGGGGACGUUUGUCUCGUUGGACCUAUCUGUCCGCAAUGCUGCUUGCACUUUGUAAUGUUACAGGGCUGUUGGGUAUCAUUUCGCAGUGCCAUUUGGCUGAUAUUCUCCACUUUUCAAAGAGUGUGUGUCAGACCAUGCAUGCAUCUAUAGUCUUGUGGGACAGUGCCAUGACCUGCAAUUUCUGCUGGGUGCUACAGUGAUUUUUUUUUCUCUCGCCAGUGUUAGGUCAUGGUAGGUCCUAAAAACACUGUGCCCAGUUCUGUGUGAUUGCAACUCUGCUCCCAUGCAGAAAACGCGCCUGGCUAGUGCAUUUUUCCCGCUGUCAGCAGUCUGUGCUUGAACAAGGGUGUGCUCAUGCAAGUCCAUUGUUAAUUGACCCUGUCUUAGUAUGGUGCUGCGCUGCCACCAAACCGCAUUCUCUGUUGUGCGUGUCGUGGACGUGUGUGUUUUGUCACCAGGGCUUGCAAAGAAAAAGGCCACCCAUAGUAAAUUCUGUGUAUGAUAGAUGCUGCGACGUGGGUUGUGGUCAGUGGGAAAUGGUGCCUGGUAUCGUAUUGUGCUGAUGUAUGUGUGAUCUUAAUAUCCCGAACUCUACAUGGUAGCCUUUGUCUGCAAAAAAAGAAAAAAAAAAGAAUGGUUUCCUUGUAUCAGUGAUGGCUCUUGGAAUGGUCACACAGGCAACGUGCAAAAAAAAAAGACAAAAAUGUCACAGCGCCAUUUUCUAGUCGCUACUCUCGCAUAAUCGCAGUUGUGACUUAACCUAUCGUAGUCUGCAGCAGCGAGUACUUCAUGCCACAGGUCAAUACAGUAGUAUUCACUUGCUUACUUGCAUUCGGAUGGUGGGGCAAGCAAUACUUUGACGUGCUGGAAAGAAAGCAGAUCAGGAUGUGACUGCUAAUACUGCUUGUUCUUUAUCUGACUCAUUCCUUGCAUGUCUUGCAUGUCUAACCCACUAGCUGCCCUCUUGUUGGUGCAGCGUACUUGUGCCAGAAACAUUUUCAGCAGCUGUGUUGGUCAUCACGAGUCAUAGUUUCAGCGCACAGCCGUAGAUGAUCAGUGGUGCUAGUGUUCUCGGGCGGUUUCAGAGUGCUUGAGUCGCCAUUAAGUAGUGUUCCCAUGGCGACAGAUUUGCAGGACUCCUUGGUCCUUGUAGUUUAUAGCGGCGUUUUGGUACAUUAACCUAUGACUUGAGGCUCUCAAGAUUUUCUGCAGGCUGCUCCUACUGUGGUGGCCCUAGUGCUCAGCAUUGCUAAGGGACAUCGUCUGAGAGCGAAAAAGAGGGGUGAAAAAAUGUGCAGACUUCACAACUUCAAACUCAAUUUUUUUUUCUCACUAAUUUCCUAGCAGCUUGGGAGGCAAUGUACUUCACAGUUGCCGCAGUAAGGCUAAAUUUGGCCGCCCAUUUUGAUUGCCCAAGCUUUGCUUGUCAUGCAGCACAGUCUGCACGCAGAGCCUGUAUGGGAGCAGCAUGUAUUGACGCACCAAAAAAUCCAUGUGAUGUGGGCCUCAGCACCUGCAAGUUGCCGCUUGCAUGUGCAUACUCUGUGCUGGUGCUUGUGGAGCAUUAGUGCCAGCAUUAGUGCUGCAUUCCGGAUUAGUACUGCCCUGUAAUAUUGCCGCAAUGUUGGGCACUGGAAGGGGCACACAAUAGCCAAGCACUAAAUGAGGCAAGGCAUUGCACAUCAUCCUGUAGUGUCCCUUUAAUGCACACGCUCCUCCUUGCAUCAGCUGUCAUGGAAAAUGUAAGCAGCACUGGCACAUUUCCCACUUGAGAAGCAUGCCAACUUAGCACUGUGGCGUAUAGCAACUGCAGAAUCUUUUCAUAGAACAAUGGUUCCAAAGCAGCAGUACCCAUUGUCUAAUACCUGUGUUACACAGUCACUUUAGAUCAAGAUCACGCCCGAUCCAGAUUGAGUGCUGCUGCAUGGUCACUUUCAAUAUCAAUCCAGCUUCUUAAUCGCAUCGUCGGCUGACAUCUGCUCUUUUAGCUUGGGGUUCUAGAAAAUGCGAAGAACAAAGUAAGGAUAGUAUAUACUUCUUUUCAGAAAAAGAUCUAUCUUAUAAUACAAAUUUUACAGCACAGACAAAUUUCACAGGUGCUUUGGACUGCAUUAUCAACACCUGGUGCUCUUUAACUCUCCCAAAUUCGAUCUGUAUUGUUGAACCACGCAAUGGCAGUCAUUGUCAAUUUUGAUCGAGAAAUUUGAUCCGGGUCGGGCCAAAUCACAAUCAAGUUUGUGUGACACCGGUAAAGGCCAGGAACGUAUAUACAAAAAGUCUAAAAGAAGACUCAAGGCAUAUUGCUUGUGUUUCUGCAUCCUCUAGUGGAACCGCAUAUUGCCCUCGCUCUCCACUGUAUGCUGCCUCUUACUGAGCACACUUUUUUUUAUAUGGCUGUGAUGAAAAGCUUCUGGGCACAACAUUGACUUGUGGUGUGUUCCAAUUAGUUACAGCAAACACAGCUGUCUGUUGUGAUGUUGAGAAGCAGCUGCGUAUCUGAGUGCAAACACAGCUUGACAUUGAAGCCAAAAGUUGGACGAAAUGUCGUCUGAUCAGGAAGGGUCAUGACAAAAAAAAAAAAAACGACGUCAUCCAAGGCGAAAAAAUAUUUAAUGCACAGAUUGUGAACAAGGUCCCUGUGUGGGGGCCGAAAUGCUGUUUAAAAUAUUUUUUCACUUUGUUUGGCAUCUGUUGUUUUUCACCAGAUCUUGACUUUACAUGUACACUAGUGUAACAUUUUUGUUGCAGUUACUAGAAGUAAGCGUACUUCUAGUAACUCUUGACCAAGAACCCACAGAAAUAAACAGUACUGAUGUCUCGCCUGUUCCACUCUCAGCAGUUGCUGCUUAAGCUAUGUUGCAGCAGAUGGAAGGUCACAGACUACUUGAUUACUCACCCAUGCCAUCCUGAUACCUGCAUUUUCCCAAAACUGCAUGGUGGCUUUAGCCUAAACAGCACCUGUCCAUUGAAUCGCUCAUCUGUGUCUGCUUGUUGGACAGCUAAGUAGCCUGCAUUGCUGCAGACUUUUAUACCGUUUUCGUUGUCUAUGGCAACUGUCUGGCAUAGACGACAAAGUAGCUGCAUUGUUGCAGGGUUUUCUACUGUCUACAUUUAGGUUGGUACAGCACACAAUAUAUGCUAGCUGUCUCCCAGAUGUGACAAAGUGGCUGCCUAUGUCAAGUAUUGGAACACACCCAUGGUCGUAAUCCUUUUCUCAUCUUCGGUGUAUGGAAGCAGUCUCUAGGCAUAUGUGCAUGUGUGUGUGUGUUUUCGGCACCAUCUCGAGCGUUCUGACCCCACACCAUCCGACUUUAAAAAUGACAAGAGCUUUUCCUGCACGAAUAACAGAUAUACAGUAAGCGUUUCCCUAAUUACUUUUUACAAGUGGCACCCCUCCCGCUCUCCCAGGAAGUGUGGAGUGCCCUGGGCGCUGUGUUAACGAGGAAGCAGUGUUUGCGUGUGUGUUGUCUUCGUUGAGAUGAAUUUCAUAUGGACUUGCUCUGUCAAGCCUUCUGCAUGAGCGUUCCUUUUUUUCUUCCAGAUUUAACUUUUUUUUUUGUCUUUCUUGGAAGAUGACGGGUGUGAAAUGUUUUGUACAAGUGUUUAUUGCGCACGGCUGUAUGUUCCUGCUUUGCACAGAUGAAAGUGACAUUUGCUUUUUUUCUUUGUUGUUGUUUUUAGUGUUUGUUCUUGUGCAUAGAAUUUGCUUUGUAUUCACUUACUUGAACAAAGUGCUCCAGUCUUA